AUGUAAAUAGCGCCUUUGGGGUCCUAUUAGUGGCACCCAAACUCACAGUGCACUGUUGUCACUUUGACAUACUCCACCACAGUCACUCCCUUGGACAGGAUCAGCAUUCUGCUUUACAGCACAGAGAGAGCUUUUCAACCUGUACAUUUUGACAUAUUGCAGUUAAUGGAUGUGUUUUCUUCUUCUGUGAGGGUAUUUUUAUUUUUAUUUGGAACACAGGUAUACUUGUAAUUUAUAAUGGCAGCAAGUCUUUUUGUAGCAAUGAUGCUCUACUUGUCAAUGGGAGAGGCGAAGCCAUACAGACCAGUCCAUUACAGCGACUACACAACUGGAAUGAUUCAGCACCACGAGCAGGGGAAACCUACCAGCAUACACAAGAAUCACUGCGCUUAUGUGAUUGAAAAGACAGUGUCCUUCACUGUUCAGGACGGUGCGGCCCCAUAUGUUAAAGCUGAGUACAACAAGUGUUCCUGGCAUAAAAAAUGUCCAACUCUUCUGUAUCGCCUAAUCUACAAACCUAUCUAUAAAGUGGCGCAUAAAACUGUCACAGAACUUGAGUGGCGCUGUUGUCCUGGGUAUUCUGGCUACGGCUGCAUUGAGGGUCCCCCAUCUUACCAACAUCCAAUGAAAAGCAUGCCACCAUUUAAAGGUCCACCAUUCAAAAGCCCACAGUUCAUAGGACCACCAUACCAAGGUCCCAUGUUCAAGGGUCCCAUGUUAAAGGGCCCACCCAUGAACCCUCCUGUCAAAACCAAGCCAUGGAAUCAACCCAAAGAACCUCCUACCAGUCGUUUUAACUCGUACCCAAUGCAUCAUGUUGGACCGCCAAGGUCAUCCAGCUAUCCAGACAACUCUUUUGAGCCUUAUCCAGAUGCACAUGAACCUGUACCACACCACAAGGAAGAACACCGCACAGAGCAUGAACAAGAACAUGAGCUGAGACAGGGACCAGAGGAGCAUAUUCCAGAAGAAACCCUUCCUCCUACUGAUGGCCAACAAGCUGAAGGCCAUGCUCUAGACAGUGAGACAGAGGAACGCAUAUAUCGAAUGGAGGAGGAUGUGCAACGUCUAAACCAGGGUUUGGAGAACCUGAGAGGAACCGUGAAUGGCCUGGAAGAGAGCCUUAGAGCCUCACUGAGAGAGGAUGCCAACAGGAUGUUGUCAGCUCUGCUCUCUGCUGCCCCUAGCCCUCUCUCUGCCCCCCCUGUAGCCUCGAGCCCCUCCACGGUAGGCUUUGUUGAGAUUCCUGGGGGGGAUCCUGAGGCACACGGCCUCGAUGGCAGACAUGUGUUUCCCGGACUUUCCAAACUAAAUGGAAGAAUAGAAGAGCUCAGUACGGAGCUACAAGCAAAGACAGCUGAGCUUCAGGAGCUGAAAGCCACAGUAAUGACACAUGAUGGGGCUUUGAAGAAAAUGUCAAUUAGAGAGGGGGUUGUAUCGGACUCUGAACAUCUUGGGGGGCAAGACCAAAAAUCUACAGAGCAGAUGUUGGAUGCCAAAUUGAGUGCCGCUAGGACAGACAUUUUGGAUGGGCUUGAAAAGCAUGUGGAGAGUGCAGAGAGUCGAUGUGUGGAGAAAGCAGAAGAUGUACGUCGACAGUGUCAGAAGGAGCAAGGUCAGAGGCAGGAACAAAUGGAAGAUACUCUGGCAGAAAGUACAACUGACUUGAGGGCAGAGCUCAGAAGGCUCCGGGCAGAGGUGCAACAUUUAAACACGCUAGAAAGCUGUUGUGCUACAAUGAGAGGACUCGGUGAAAGGGUGGAGUUUGUGGAAACAUCUGUGGUCGGCCUCAAUCAGUCCCAGAAGCACCUAAGAGUGGAGUUGGGAGGGCAUAAAGACCACAUAGAGGGAAUGCUGGAAGGGCGUCUAAAAUAUGUAGAGACUAAGCUCAACCUGACUGGGCAACUUAAAAGCACACAGCCCGAAAAGAGGAGAAGUGUCUCAGAUAAAGCUGAAACAGGACAAGGCCUUGAGGCCAGAAUGGACGACAAGUUAAGAGAACUGGAGGGACGUCUACUGACGGCUUUGGAGGAACUGGGUAAUGCCACUGCCCCUGCACUCCUAGAGGGACAUGCUGUUCCAACCCUGGAGACAGAGUUGGUGUCCCUUCGGGGAAGACUAGAGAUGGAUGUGGACAGAGUGCAAAAGCAUCUGAGCAACCUUGAGAUUCUCUGCUCGACCUCAUGUUCCUCACCUAACAACCCCACAAUCAUCCAAGGGGACUCUGUUGUUGGCACAGCAGAGGAUCAGAAUGCAGUGGGCUUACUAGAAAAGCAUGAUGAACGUUUGAACAGCCUCAACAUCACACUGCAAAACAUCAUGAGGCAUAUAACUGACAAAGAGGACCAACACAAAGAAGGUGAGCUCACAAUUCUCAGGUUAAAUGUUCACUCAGUUAAUUGCACGCUAAAAGGCCUUCAGGACUCGCUGGGGACAGUCGUCAACCAGGUGGGUCAAGUAAACAGCUCCUGGCAUGAGAGAGAGUCACGUCUGGCCCGACAGAUGAAGGGUGUGGUCCAACUGGUUGGACAUCAAGCUUCCAUGCUUGGGGCUGGGGAGCGCAAACUGACACGACUUAAGGGUGAGAUACAGGAGAUGAAGAGGCGGCUCGCCGAGGAGGUCAGAGGCUGUCGGAGCACAGCUAUGGGGGUACAAAAAGAAGUAACAGAGGUUGGUGGGCGUGUUGCUAAUGUUGAGGACCAGUGUAAAGGCCUUAAUUAUUUAGCAGAAGAUCUGGAGAGAAUCAGAGAAGAGUUGGAGAGACAAUCAAAUGGGUUUCUCCUGCAAUUUAAUGGAACUCUAUCCAGCCAUUCCCAGCAGUUGUCUGAGCUGAGAGAUGAAAUCCGAAACUGCACCACAAAGGUAGAGUCAGCACAACAGAGUUUAGGGUUUGAGGCCGAGUCACAACGAGGGGACACUUUCACUUCAAAGUAGAUCUGUUCAUAAAGUAAUAAAAGAUAAAUAAAAGAUGAAUAAAGGGUACAUAAUCUGGUGGUGGUGGAGGUCCAUUAACAUGUCUUUUUUGUUUCCAAAAACAAAGGUUUUAUACCUGCACUGACGUACAGUUUUAAAUGCUGCAUACUAUUUGAUACAGCAAACUCUGACUGCACUCUUACGAUUGUGAAAAAACAUUUACUUGACUCACGAAGGUGCUAGAGCUGUUUGUUGUUGUAUUGUUGUCUACCAUCUUUUUGAACAACCAGUGACAGUGGUUGACCUAAACUACAGCAAAGUGCAUCUGUGUUACUGUGCUGUUUACAUGCAUUAA